CCCGACCGGCGGCGGCUCUCCCGGCGCUCCCCCCGCGACUUCUUCCCGCACGCCGACGCCAUGGUGCGGUACCUGGAGGACUUCGCCUCCCUGCUGCGGCUGCGGGUGCGCUACAACACGGCCAUCACACACGUGGCGCUGGAGCGGAGCCCGCAGGCCUGGAACGGACACUAUUUCCUCCUGACUGACCAGGACAGGCAGAGCUACAAGUGCAGCUCUUUGUUGGUCGCCACUGGGAUGUGGGUCCCCAACGUGGUCAACUUUCCUGGCUCAGAGUAUGUUGAGGGCUAUGAGACUGUGUCCAUCAACCCGGAGGAUUUUGCCGGACAAACUGUGUUGAUCUUGGGCCGAGGGAACUCUGCUUUUGAGACGGCAGAGAACAUUCUGGGUGUCACAAAUUUCAUCCACAUGGUGAGCAGGUCCCGUGUGCGCCUCUCGUGGGCCACUCACUACGUCGGGGAUCUGAGAGCAAUUAACAACGGCCUGCUGGACACCUACCAGCUGAAAUCUCUGGAUGGGCUGCUAGAGGGCGACCUGGAGGAUCUGGCUAUUGUCAAGGACAAGAAAGGGAAGCUGCACAUCACGCUCAGGUUCUACCUGGAGGACAGAAACACCAGCGCAGGCGUCGACUCCAUCACCCUCCCACAGGAUGAGCUGGAUAAUUUUGCCACUCGUGCACCUUACGACCGUGUCAUCCGCUGCCUGGGCUGGAAGUUUGACUUCUCCAUCUACAACAGAUCCCUUAAAUUGAUGCCAGGAAAGGGGAUUAAAAACAAGUAUCCUCAGAUCAAACCUAGUUACGAGUCCAGAGGCACUCGAGGGCUUUUUGUUCUCGGCACUGCUAGCCACUCUGUUGACUUCAGGAAAUCUGCUGGGGGCUUUAUCCAUGGAUUCCGGUAUACAACUCGUGCUGUCCACCGCCUAUUGGAAAACCGUCACCAUGGUGUCCCCUGGCCAACCACAGUCUACCCUAUUACACAGCUGACCAAUUCCAUCAUCAAGCGGGUGAACGAGGCCUCGGGCCUCUACCAGAUGUUCAGUGUCCUGGCUGACAUCAUACUGCUGAGAGAGAAUGCCACAGCGUUUGAAUAUCUAGAAGAGUACCCAGUUGGAGUCCUGGCCGAGCUGGAAAUGCAGACAGGAAGAAAGGCUCCCAAUGGGCUGUUUGUCAUCAUCAUGGAGUAUGGGAGGAAUUUCUCUGGAGCUGACAAAGAUGUCUUCUACUACAACCGAGCCGUGGGAGAGGCACAGCAUGCCUGGCAGUCCAACUUUUUGCACCCUGUUAUAUACUAUUACAAACGUCUCCCAACAGAGCGUGAGAUGAGGCUUCGGCCCCCAGACUGGCCUCUGCCCCGCCCAGAUGCCAUCCAUCACAUUGUGGAGGACUUCCUGACAGACUGGACAGCCCCCAAUGCUCACAUCCUGCCGCUGAGGCGGUUCCUGGAGAAUUGCCUCGGCACUGACCUGCGCAAUUUCUUUGCAGAGUCCUGUUUCCUGUUUGCCCUCACCCGUCAGAAGCUGCCUCCCUGCUGUCAGCAGGGCUAUAUGAGGAUGCAGGGGCUCCUGGGCAGCAAGAGGCUCCGGCGCCACGCAGCAGAAGCUGGCCUGCUGCAGGAUGACACUCUCACAGACCUAGGAGACAGACCCCUUGACAGCUACACAGGGUCACAGGACCAGCUGCUAAGGGACCACGUGAUACCACUUCGUCCGCUGCAGCAUCUCGUUAAUGCCAAGGAUGAGCUUUAA